AUGGAGAAGAUACAACACAAGUACGUACCGGUCAACGGCCUGAACCUCCACGCGGCGGAGAUCGGAAACACCUCAUCUCCGGCGGUGGUGUUCCUUCACGGCUUCCCGGAAAUAUGGUACUCAUGGCGCCACCAGAUGCUCGCCGUCGCCGAAGCCGGAUUCCGAGCGAUCGCGCCGGAUUACAGAGGAUACGGACUCUCCGAUCCUCCGCCGGAGCCGGAGAAGGCGACGUUCAGGGACCUCGUGGAAGAUCUUCUCGCACUUCUCGAUGCCCUAAGCCUCUGCAAGGUUUUUCUAAUUGGUAAAGAUGUCGGAGCUGGGGUGGUAUCCAUCUUCACACUCCUCCACCGGGAGAGGGUGUUAGGAUUUGUAACAAUGGGGGUGCCAUUCAUGCCCCCACACCCUUCCACCUACCAUCAGCAUCUCCCUGAGGGUUUUUACAUUUUAAGAUGGCAGGAGCCAGGCCGGGCGGAGGCCGAUUUCGGGCGGUUUGACGCCAAGACAGUGGUCAGGAAUGUGUAUAUAAUGUUUUCAAGGAGUGAAAUACCCAUAGCUAAUGAGGAUCAGGAGAUCAUGGACCUGGUGGAGCCAUCCACGCCUUUGCCGGAGUGGUUCUCAGAGGAAGAUCUCACCGUCUAUGGAGGCCUGUAUGAGAAAUCCGGCUUCCGAACUGCAUUGCAGGUUCCCUACAGAUUCAGGAAGGCUGGUGGUGCGCCACAGAUCGAUGUACCAGACCCGAAAGUUGAGGUACCAGGUCUGCUGAUCAUGGGUGAGAAAGACUAUGUCUUAAAAUUUCCAGGGAUGGAGAGGUACAUCAGGGAGGGGAAAGUGUAUGAAUAUGUGCCUAAUCUGGAGAUCAAGUUCAUACCUGAAGGGAGCCAUUUUGUGCAGGAGCAGUUUCCUGAUGAGGUCAACACCACCAUCCUCAACUUCCUCAAAAGCAUCCAGGAUUGAUUGUCAUUCUGUUUAUGCCACUUGUGUUUCUGCACCAGGGUAAUUUGACAAGCUGAGGAACAUUGUGGGAUUUUUGUAAUAAGAUAUCAAACCAAUUGUUCCUAGUUCCUAUUACCAUGGAAUUUGUCAAA